AUGAUAUUUGGUAACACGCCAACGAUAGUCAAUGAACCGACCAUAAAAUUUAUCAAGCUUCAACUUCAUAAGUACUUAAGCAAAAUAGAGGGGUAUUGUGUACCAGGAGACGAGAUCGACGAACUCGUUCUUGCUGCUGGUGGAAAAAGUAUUGUGUGGGAUCGACACAAUAGACUCAUGGUCCCCAAGAUAUACGUGAGGAUUAAUGGUAAGUGGCCUCUCCUGCGACAUUACCCGAAGGAAUUCAAACUAGAGGUAGAUGUUGUAUCCCCAGAUUUCCACCAAGGUAAUGAGAGGGAAGAGCCUGUGAUGAAGACAACAAGAGGAAACUUGGAUGUUAAUGAAUAUGAUGCCGAUGAAAAGAGUGAUAAGGAUGAAGCAUGUCAAUUUGUUAGCCAUGUAAGACAUAUCACUUUUAUGUCAGAGCACUGUCAAGAUUUUGGUGGUAAAAGCAGAGUUGCUUUUAUGAAUGUCAUGCAAGGAGUAGCCAUGGAGCUUCCCUCUACUCAGAGUGGUACCAACUUUGAUACAACAAGCUCACCUGCUAUUCUGGGUGAUGGCUCAGACUCUAAUUUUGGGACGUGGACACCUCAAACAUCCUGCAUGGCUGAUCCUACUUGCAUUUUUUGUCCAUCUUGGAAUAUUACUUGUGAAACUGAUGUGUUGGAAUCAACAUAUAGCUCUGACUUCAUAUCCAACGCCUUUCCACAAGUAACUUUAUCCCAAAUGGACAAGAUGAACACCGAAGAACUCACCAUGAGACGGCAUGCCCGCAUGGUGUAG